AUGUCUCGCCACAUCCAAUCCAAAGAGGGCCUUCCCAUCACCCUUCCCGAGGGCCUUGCUGACGACCAGCUGUGGUCAUUCAAGCCCUUUAAUAGUUGGAUUAGCACCCUCUCCCGUUCCCUCGCGCUGCAGUCCGCCGCCGGCACCGCGCACCCCUUUCGCGCGGAUCCGUACGUCCUGCGCUCCGUCACCGUCCAGGCCUUUGACCUUUUCGGCGGGCAGCGCGUCGGCUUCGUCAAGCUCACGGCCGUCGUGUCCAACAGCGCUGGGGAGACGCUACCCGCGGCGGCGCUGCUCCGCGGACCCAGCGUCGCCAUGCUCGUGAUGCUCAUCCCCGACGACGCCACCGACGAGGAGGAGCGCUACGUCGUUUUCACCGUGCAGCCGCGCGUGCCCGCCGCGAACCUCAGCUUCGUCGAGCUGCCCGCGGGCAUGGUCGACGACGCGGGCAACUUCAAGGGCGUGGCGGCGCAGGAGAUUGAGGAGGAGCUUGGCAUUACGAUUGCAGAGGACGAGCUGACGUGUCUGAGCGACUUGGCGGCGGUGGCAGAUGAGGAGGCGGGCGAGGAGGAGGAUUUGGCAAGGGCCAUGUUUCCGAGCGCGGGCGGGUGUGAUGAGCAUGUGACGAUUUAUAGCUACGAGAGGAAGGUCUCGCGCAGUGAGCUGCAGAGCUGGAGCGGACGGCUGACGGGCUUGAGGGACCGCGGGGAGAAGAUUACACUCAAGAUUGUGCCGAUGAAGGAUGCGUGGAAGGCGGGUGCGCGAGACGCCAAGGCGCUCGGUGCGUUGGCUCUAUGGGAAGGGCUGCGGCGAGAAGGCAAAGUCUAG